CUUCCCCCUUUCGGGUCCCCUCUAUUUAUACAUGGGUUCUUGAUAAUUAAGGUAAUUCAUAAUCAAAGGGAGUCCACUCCAUCGAUGGCGCGAUGCCCUUUUUCCGGCUUCAUCUCCGUUCUUCACCUGAGUUUCCUCCCGUGGACUGGCUCCGCCAGCUAUCUUUUGGGUUGAAGUGGUCCGGGCCUCGCGCUAUGGGCCGGCCCAGGUCGAGGUCAGUUCCCUCUUUCGCCACCAUGAUUAUCUCUGAUUCUGAUUCAGCUUCCCCGCCGUCCAAUUCUCGCCAAGCCGAUCAAUCGGCCGCUGGCCAUGACCUAGUUCAUCUGGCGUCUCUGAAGAAGGGGCUGCGAUUCCCCCUCCACUCGUUGUUGGUUGAAUUCCUCAACAAGGUGGACCUCCUUCCUUGCCAAUUGGUCCUCAAUUCUCACCGGUACAUUACCGGUUAUCUGGUCAGAUGCAAGGAAGUAGGGGUGAAGCCUACCCUUGACCACUUUUUGUUUACAUUCAAACUGACCAAAGGUCAUGGGGAUUGGGCGUCCUAUGCCAGCCUAUCCCAACGGUCCAGCAGGGUUUUUACCAGCGACAAGAAGGGGUCGACCAAGGACUGGAAGCCCUUCUUUGUCUUUGUCUCGACGGGGCCUGAAUCUCCUUUCACGGGUUCAGGGCUCUCAUCCUUCCGUCGCGUCCCAUCUCCCCCGUCCGAUGCCACCCUCUUGUCCAUCACCCGGCAACUCUGCGGCCAGGGGGCCGUCGAGAUUAAGAAGGUGGUGACCGAGGAAUCUCCAGCAGCACUGGGGUUUGAGUUUGUCCAAGACGAGCAUCGCCAUCAGCCCGACUUGCUAAGGGAUGUUCCUGGCACACGCUCUUCCUCGCGCGGUGAAGAUAGUCCUCUACGAGAGCAGGUCGUGAUCGAGGUGGAGGACCAGGAUGAUGCGGCUUUGGAAACGGGGACGAUGGUGAUCAGCUCCCCGCCGUGUUCCCCGAUGCUGGGUGGCGACCUAGCUGGGUCGUCCCAGAGGGCCUUCUCGGAGCGACCUCACUCCCCACCAGUAGUGACCUACGAGGUGGCGACCGAGGGUCGCUCGACGAGGUUCAGCAUUCCUCUCCCCUCCCCAAGACUAGGAGAUGUGCAACUAGAGACCCCAGUCACCUUGGCAUCUCAGGAUCGAGCUCGCAUCUCGGCCGGUUCUGAAGAUGACCUCAACAACAUGGUUCUUUUGAAGCUUAGCCAGAGUUCUUCUAGAUAUCCUUAACAAUAUACAUCAUUUUCAUAAUCAUCAAUAUAUUCAUUUUUUUUAAUCAUAAUUUAAUCAUUCGUAAUUAUUAUUUUAAUAAUAAUAUUCAUCAAAGUCUAAUCAUAAACAACAUCAAUAAUAAUCAUCACAAUAUCUAAUAACAAAUAGCGGCCUAGCAUCGAGUGUUAACACCUUAGCUUACCGUCAUACAUCACAUAAAAUUUUAUUUGUCAA